AUGGCCGAAGCAGAGGCGCAAUGGGAAGGUUGGGCGAAGGAAAUCAAAGAAGGCAAAAAACAGAGCUUUCUCAGCUUUAUGGAGGAAAGAGGGCUUAUUCAUUCAGUUAUUGGGGGGGACCGUGAUGCUCUAGAUAAGAUGAUUACGAAUAAACGGGUUGGAUUAUAUGCCGGAAUCGACCCUACUGCACCUUCGAUGCAUGUCGGACACAUGCUUCCUUUUAUGAUACUUGGAUGGGCUUACGUACAUGGCAUGAAGUCAGUCUGGCUUUUGGGUGGUUCUACGUCACGGGUUGGAGACCCAACCGGGCGAACGACAGCGCGACCCCUUCUUAGCAACGCCUCUAGAAAAGCAUACAUUGCUAACAUGCAUAUGCAACUAAAAAAACUUGGAGCCUCGUUCGAAAGAUACGGCGGGAAGCACGGUUACUCAUGGGAGUGGGCUUGGAGACGAGCACUAGAGAAUAAUAACACUUGGUGGAAUAAAGAAACGCUUAUUGAUGUUCUGGGCACCCUCGGACAACAUGCGAGGAUAGGAACAAUGCUGGGACGGGAGCCGGUGAAGACGCGCCUCGAGAGUGGAAGCGGCAUGUCCUUUACUGAAUUUUGCUACCCGAUAAUGCAAGCAUGGGACUGGUGGCAUCUUUAUCAGAAAGGAGUUAUGAUUCAAGUGGGGGGCUCUGAUCAGUCUGGCAACAUCCAAUUCGGAAUUGAUACCAUUAAACAAGUCUUGAAAACUUCACCGAUCGAAACCAAGCCAGGCGAAGACCCAGAGUUAUCAAUGCCCUUUGGACUCACAGUACCACUGCUGACUACGUCGACGGGCGAAAAGAUCGGCAAAUCUGCUGGUAAUUCGAUAUGGUUGGACAAAGAUAUGACGUCGACUUACGACCUUUACCAGUAUUUUAUGCGUCAACCUGACCAGGACAUGGAGCGGUUACUAAAAAUGUUUACUUUCCUCCCAACCGUCCGCAUCCACGAAAUAAUUGAGGAACACAAUAAGGAACCUUCUCGUAGGAUUGCUCAACACGCUUUAGCGCAAGAGUUUGUGGAGCUUGUACAUGGCCCUAAAGAAGCAGAGGAUGCAUCAAAAGCCCAUAAAGCCAUCUUCCAGCCCCAGGGCUCAGCAUCGACAAAGUCAGACACCAAGUCCAUACCACUCUCACCUUCUGGAAUCCCGGAGUUUAUCAAUGCUGGGGUAAACAAAAAUGCCCCCCAGAUGAACGCUUUCACCGCACCAACGCAUCAUUUAGUUCUACCUCGCUCUUUGGUGGUGGGACAAUACUUUCACAAGAUCCUCUACUCUGCCGGAAUGGUCUCCUCCAAGCAAGAAGGACACCGGAUCAUUGUGAAUAAUGGAGCCUCGGUUGGCUGUAUGCCUAGUGGUGCAGAGCAAAUGGGCGAUGCACUAAGUUAUGUCCCUCUCAGAACAUGGCCCGCUGAUGUUACAGAGAAGUUCCUUAUUGACGGGAGCCUGCUCAUUCUGCGAAUCGGGAAAUGGAGAGUUAAAAUUAUCAAAGUCAUCAGCGAUAAGGAAUUCGAAGAACAAGGUUUGACCUUACCGCAAUCAGAGCCUGAGAAGGACUCGGCAGACGAACACCAAAAAGAUCGUGAUCUGUUUGCCAAAAAACGCAGAAUUGCUGGGCGACAAGUCCAGCGGCCAGGUAUUGCUGGAGGGUCUGCUGGCGGCCGGAAACCAAAGAUUGUUUCACUCCAGGAAUUGUCUGACCAAAAGGAGAAGGAGGAAGAAGCAGAACUAGCGAAAGAGCGAGAACAGCGACAGGCGUGGCCAUGA